AUGGGCUGGUCUUCAAUACUCCCCGAGCCGCUCACUAUCCUUGAAACUUGGAUAGUCAGAGUAUUUUUAGUACUCUCGAUCCUCACGUUCGGCCCCUGGGCCGUCCUCAUCAUCUAUGACCUCCUACUGUAUAUCUGGCGAUCUGUUGUUCAUGAAGUUCCCAUCGUUGGUGGGAGAGCUCAAGGCCGAUUACGUCCAAGAGCGCCGAGCUUAAGAGAGCGGCCUGAUGGCCACAGACGGCGGAUAAGUUUGGUUGGUCGGCCAAUAUCCAUCUCUGGGAAUAGCUCAGUCCCAUUUGCUUCCGGCUCCGCAUUUGUCGAAGAUUCCGAAAAGAUGGACCGCAAGAGAGAGACAAGAGCUUGA